UGAAUUUUAAAAUUUUGAUAAGAUUUAUCUGAAUUUUAUCAGUUGUUUUCGCCUUUUCGGUUAAUCAGUACACUUACCAUGAGUGAUUUUUAUCCAGCAUCGGAAUUAUGAAUAGCAUGCUGCAUACCCUGCCUGCGUUGCAUGCUUGCCAAGAGUGGUCAGAAAGCAUCCCUGCUUCAGCUCCACUCCUACAUACAGAUGAGGUUAGCUUGGGAGUUUUAUCUGACUUCUUUUUGGUGGCAAGUCACUCCUCUUGCUUGUUGCUAUUGGGAAACUAGUUGCUGGUUGGCCAGUGUGCUACUGAAGUGGAAGCAAAGAAACUACCUGCAGCCAAGCGAUGAUCCACUGAUCUUCGCCCCUUCAUAUAAUCCUCCAAGCGAUCGUGCAUGUUGCUUGCAGCCAAGAACGUUCGAUCGAUCGAUCGAUCCUCGUGUUGCUGCUUAAUUGCUGUGCUUCUCCAUCGCCAUGGCCACCGACCGUGUCGAGGUCGACACGGCACGCCCUUUCCGGUCCGUCAGGGAGGCCGUCGCCGUCUUCGGCGAGCGCAUCCUCGUCGGCGACGGCUACUCCCGGCGACCCAGCAACGGCAAUGCUGCUGCUGCUGCCGUUGUUGACAUCGCCAUUGCCAAGCAUGAAGCUAGCGGCGAUAGUGAUGAUGCUACUGUUUCUUCUCCGGAUGCCAUGGAAGCUGAGCCUGAGGUGGAGGAGGAUGCAGCGCCGGCCGUCGUGCCGAUGAUGUACUCGGCACCGUCCUCGCCGCAGUCGUCGCCGCCGCCGCCGAACGACGGCGGCGACGCCGACGACGAGCGCGACGGCGGCGUGGUCGACGAGGGGGUGACGGUGGCGAUGAUGCGGUCAGUCAAGAAGCUGGAGGCGGAGGUGGCGGAGACGAGGCAGGAGGUGGCGCAGCUGAAGAAGCGGGGGAGCGAGAUGGAGAUGGCCGUGGCGUCGCUCAACGCGCAGCUCCACCGCGGCCUCUCGAAGCUGGCGGAGAUGGAGGCCGGCGACACGGCAGCGGCGGCGCGGCGCAGCGUUGGCGGCGAGACCGACGUGUCGUCGACGGUGGCGACGUUCAGGAGCGAGCGGUGGGGCGGCGUCGGCGGCGGCGGCGCGGCCGUGUCGCGCGCGACGUCGUGCGAGUACCUGCCGUCGUUCAGCCACGCGUUGAGCCUCGGCGAGGUGGACGACGGCGAGCUGGUCGGGAGGAGGAGGAAGGCGAGGAAGGUGAAGCCCAUCGUGCCUCUCAUCGGCGACAUCAUCUUCUCCAAGAGGAAGAGCACCAAGGACAAGGGCGGCGAUGGCUUCUACGGCAACAAUGGCGAUCUUUACAGCGUUCUGGGCUGACGUCAUCUCACUCUCUCUGUGUGUGUGAUCUCAUCAACCUGCUCAUGUGUUGUGGCUGCUUUGUGUGCAAUUUGGAUGAGCAAAUUUGUUUUUGUUUUUUAGUUUUGGUUUUGUAUUUCUUUCUGCUUCUGGUUUGGUGUGGAUUGUGCAGGGGAGUUUGUGUAAAUGUAAAGCACUGUUAAGUUGACUGUUUUUAUAUGUUUGUAUCUUCAGAAGUUCAGAUCA